UGAGUGCAAGCUUGGAACCAUCCGCUUCGCAAACACCGAUAAUCGACGUGACGAGCUUGUUGCAACCUUGACCGACAUCCUUGAUGCAGGGUUCCUCAGCCGAAAGGAUGGUGAGUGCAUCACUGACCGAUCAUGCUAUACUUGGCACUUGUACGUGGAUGCUUCAAACGACAAUGAGAAGGCGGGCAUCGGAGGGAUACUUCUUUCUGAAACUGGCUCUUACAUCGGCCACUUCAGCGAAUAUCUUGAUGAGUCUGCAAGGGGCAUCCUCAACACGUCCGAAAGCGAGAACCCGAUCUUCGAGCUCGAGUGCUUUGCCAUUUGGUGUGGUAUUUGGACGUGGGCGCGGCUCUUCCGAAAUACUCAGGUGAUCAUCUUCACUGACAACGAGGGCGCGCUCUACAGCAUGGUGAAUGGCAGGAGCUCAAAUGAUGCUGGAAGUCGGAUUGUUUCAUCCACGCACAGAUUGCUUGAUGAGCAUUACGUCAACUCUUGGUUCGAGAGAGUGAACACUUGUUCCAACUUGGCCGAUGAGCCAUCGCGCGGGAUAUCCAAAACGGACUGGGGUGCUCGGGCUGCCAUAGACUGCGAUCGCCUCGCUCAGAUGGCAAUGGGUUCAGGGGGUGAUGUGCCACUGACCGAGUGA